AGCCAUAUGAACUCCUUUCAAUCAAGUAUGAGUAGACUUUGAUAUAAACAGAACAAAAUUUAUCCUUUUAUUCCCAUGACAUGAAGAAAAGAAUACCUCAAAUUUCGACAGUAAAAUUAGUUAAUUACUUAUUAAUUGUUAUAUUUUCACCAUAAUAUAUAUGUUGUUAUAAACGUCACAUCGACUGUUUGGUUUGAUUGGGGUUGGGGGAGUUGGUGGUUAGUUCGGUUCUAAACUUCAAUUUUUAGCAGUUCUAGACGAGGAGAUGGAGGAAGAGUUGAUCUGUUGGACCUUUGGUCAUCGUUUCUGGAAGUUUUUAAGUUGUUGCUCUUGCUUGACGGUUCGUUUCCAGAAGUUUUGUUGCUACACUUGCUUGCCGGUUGAUGAAGUUUUGGUUCUGGGCAUAAAAGAAAGUUUGGUUUCAUUGGUUGGUCGUGGGUAUCUUCGAUACUUUCAAAUUUAGGCGCACCAGAAAAUUUAAAAAACUCGCAAAUUUAAAGUUGUAUUUGUUCUUGGUUAAAUCGAUUUCUGGUUCUGUUUUAGUUUGGCUUGUUAAGGUUUUGUUUCUGAGUUUUUAAUUUCUGUAUUUCAUAAUCGUAUCCUUGGGAUGUAUCGUUCCUCUUGUUUAUAAUAAAAUUUUCAGAUGACAAAAAAA